GCAAACAAAGAAGCUGGCUGGCAUUUUACUUUGUGUUUCAAGUUUCAAAACAAAUUGACAAAUUGUUUGGACAAUUGAGCGGAUCAACAACCCCCGGAGACCACAACGAAAGCGAAAAUGUCUGAAAUUGAAGUACCGCAAAUUAUAGCAGAGGCUCUGGUCCAACAGGGUGUAGAAUAUGUGUUCGGCAUUAUUGGCAUCCCCGUUGUGGAAUUGUCCAUGGCCUUCCAGGCAGCUGGUUUGAAGUACAUUGGUAUGCGCAAUGAACAGGCUGCCUGUUAUGCUGCUCAAGCCAUUGGCUAUUUGACUGGUAAACCCGGUGUUUGCUUGGUUGUUUCCGGACCUGGUUUAUUACAUGUUACCGGUGGCAUGGCCAAUGCUCAAGUAAAUUGCUGGCCCUUGAUUGUUAUUGGUGGCUCUACUAGCCAAGAUCACGAAGGCAUUGGCGGCUUCCAAGAAUGCAAUCAAGUGGAAUUAUCACGUCCCUAUUGCAAAUAUGCUGCUCGCCCACCAACUGCAGCUCUCAUCCCAUUGCAUGUGGAAAAAGCUGUUCGUUAUACCACCUACGGACGUCCUGGUGUAGCCUAUUUAGAUUUCCCUGGCAAUUUGCUGCAAUCACGCUGUGAAGAAUCGAAAAUCUAUAAGACACUGGCCCAUCCAGCAGCACCCCUCGUCUAUCCAUCACAUGAAGAUGUUAUUCGUGCUGUAAAUUUGCUGCGUAACGCCAAGCGUCCCUUGGUAAUUGUGGGCAAGGGUGCCGCCUAUUCGCACUCGGAACACAUUUUGAGACAUUUCAUUGAGAACACCAAUUUGCCAUUUUUGCCCACACCCAUGGGUAAGGGUGUUGUACCCGAUACUGCCUCACAAUGUGUUUCAUCGGCCCGUACCUUGGCCCUACAAAAAGCUGAUGUUGUUUUGUUGUUGGGUGCCCGUUUGAAUUGGAUUUUGCAUUUCGGUCGUCCACCACGUUACGAUAAGGAUGUUAAGUUUAUUCAGGUCGACAUUUGCCCUGAAGAAUUACACAAUUCCAUUACCGCUUCCGUUGCCAUUCAAUCGGACAUUAAACCAUUUGCCGAACAAAUGUUCGAACAAAUGAACGCCAUCAAUUAUCGUUUCUCCAACGACAACGAAUGGUGGCAGGUGUUGUCAUCGAAAUGCCGUCAAAAUCGUGAAACUGUCCAACAAAUGGCCAUGAACACCUCGACUCCCUUGAACUACUAUGCAGUAUUCCAUCAUUUGUAUGAGUUGAUACCACGUGAUGCGGUGAUUGUUAGCGAAGGUGCCAAUACCAUGGAUAUUGGUCGUUCAAUGUUGCUGAACACCUUGCCCCGUCAUCGUUUGGAUGCCGGUACUUUUGGUACAAUGGGUGUUGGUCCUGGUUUUGCUAUUGCUGCCGCUCUAUUCUGCCGUGAUCGUUUCCCUGGCAAGCGGGUGGUUUGUGUUGAGGGUGAUAGUGCUUUCGGUUUUUCGGGUAUGGAAAUUGAAACAAUGGUCCGUUACAAUUUGCCCGUGACCAUUGUUAUUGUCAACAAUAAUGGUAUUUAUGGCGGUUUCGAUCAGGAGACAUUUGAUGCCAUUCGCAGUUCCGGUGAUUUGUCACAAGUGACUCCACCCUCUGCCUUGGGCGUUCAAGUACGCUACGAAGAAAUGAUGAAAAUGUUCGGCAUGAAGGGUUACUUCUGUCAAACCAUCCCUGAAUUGCAGACCGCCGUUAAGGAAGCACAAAAAUUAUCGGAUAAACCAACCAUCAUUAAUGUGGCCAUUAGCCCUCAAUCGGACAGAAAACCACAAUCCUUUAAUUGGCUCACUGAAUCCAAAUUAUAAAUUACUUAGAGAUUU